UCGUGUAAUUUUGAGCGUGACAACAAAGCCAAGUGUCAAAGCUUUUCACAUCGCAGCAUAUAUUUUGUAGCCCGCAAAAGUUUCAAAAAUAACCGAGUUUUUCUGUUAAAUUCAUUCCAUUUUAUUCAAAUAUUGAUAUUGACAAAACCAGCUGAAUAGAUUCCAUCAAAAUGUCAGCCAAAGAGGAAAUGAAGGAGGCGGCAGCGUCUGUAUCGACUGUACCGAAUGGAGGAUCCAGUGAGGAAAAAUCGGAUACUAUUGAAGUGAAAACCGAUCUCGUGAAGAAAGAACCGUCGGUUUCGGACAAUGUCGAUGAAGAAACCGAGGAGUUUGAAAUGGCGCCGGACGACUUGGACGAUUUCGUUGUGCUGGAUGAAGCGGAAAUCUCCGACAACGAGGCGGAAGAUGGUCGGAAAUGGAUUGACGAGGACGAUGGGAAGCAGUGGGACUGUCCAGUGCAUCGAUUAGCACCACGCACCUACACCCGGAGCCAACUGGAGCCAUCGGAAUUGGACCCCCGUUGCAAACCUGAUUGGCCAUUGGCCGGGUAUUAUCCGGUUUAUGUCGGAAAUUUCUAUUUGCCCAAAAAGACCUCAGACUACAAUUUUAUAUUUGCUGUUCACAAAUAUUUUGCGUCUAAAGGUCUGCCUGCGUUUAUGGUAUUCCGGUUGAAGGAUUCAUUUUUUGAAAACUACCAAAAACGCAUAGGAAUGUAUGACAUGUUGGUGUACUUCAUAAAUAAGAAGGAUGCGACCCGAGCCAUCAACACCUGCCACCGGGAUUUGUACUAUGGGCAUCGAUUGAAAGUGUAUUGUGGUCGUACUUCGUCCCACGCAGCUAGCCGUGACAAGUCCAAGUUCUUUAAGGUUAAACAUUUGAAGGCAGAAGACAAACUGGAGACGGAGACUAAUCUGGAGAAGGCCAUGCGCCGUUAUGGACAAGUUCUUUUCCUCAGUAAGCAUAAUCUGGAUUAUUUCACGGUUUUAUUAGCUCAAAAACCGGAUAGAGCAGAAUCAAUCAAACAGAACGCUCGCUAUGAAGCUACCAUCAACAAAGGCACGGUACGAAAACAGCGCUUCAUUGAGGAAGAUGUUUUGGAAAAUCUAACAAAAGAGAUUUCCGAUAAUCCGAAAUUUAUGCGGACUCGUGUGCGCCAUCUUUAUCUUAAGUACAUUGCGCAUGGAGUCAUUCCUGAAAUGUAUAAGCAAUGGAAUGCACGAGACUUGAAGGAGGUGAAGCCUCAAUCUCAUUCUCAACCGAAUACUCGCCAGCACUAUGAAAAAGAACAGUUCGCGUACAAACGCAGGUACGAUGACGAUGGCUACGGAGGAAACGGUGCUUCACUGCCGAAGAGCAGACGGCAACUGCUAAGAGAAGCCAGAUCGCUGGAAGUGCAGUUGAGGGCCGUGCAGUCGAAAAUACACCAAAGGAAGAUUUUUCAACCUAAUUCGCUACCGCCGAAGAUAUCAUCUAAGCCGGUGACAAUCCAAAAUGCUACCCCGGGUGAAACGAAACCUAAACGACAGAGAAGCGAUGCUCAAAUCAUGAGGCAGCGUGUUCGAGGCGCUCGACGUCGUCGUUGGCCAAAGGUCGAUAAGAUUAAACCGGAAGUGGAUGCGUCAGUAUGAUGAUGAAACAUAAAAGAAUAUGGCAUUAUUAUUCCCACAUUGUGACAACAUUAUAUAAAUUAAUAAACUUUCCUUUUGAUGCAUUAGAAAAUAAGAACCUUGAAGAUCAAUAAAUCAAUGCGAAAUGAA